UUAUAGCGGGACUGCGGCGGGCAUUCUGACACUGGGGGGAACUGACUUGGUUUCACUGACAUCCCCAGUGACACCAAUACAGUGAUCAGUGCUAAAAAAACACAAAACACUGACACUGUACUAAUGGCACUGGGCAGGAAGGGGUUAUUAUGAGGGGUGAUCAAAGGGUUAAAUGUGUGCAGGGAGUUUUUUACUGGGGGGGGGGUGUUCUUCACUGUAAUCACACUACUCUGGAUGGCCAGUUUCCUCCCACUCUCAAAAGACAUGCAGACGCUGACAGGGGAUGGAUC